UUUACUUAUUCGGUGAUUUGUAUUUUGUGGAAAAUAGGGAAUGUUUUGAUUCGUUUUUAGUUAUUUUAAACAAAGUAAUUUUUGCUAAAAAUCACAUUCUGAUAAUUAAGAAUACUGAAAUAACAAGAGAAUGGCUUCUACCGAUUCAGAGAAAUUGGAAAAACAUUUAAAAUUACUUAAAGAAGAAUAUACGAAACUACAACGCGGCUAUGCAGAACUUGAACGUAAAUAUAGUAAAGCGGCUGCAUCGUCUACUGAUAAAGAGGCAAAAGAAUUCAGUAGUUUCGUUUCACGUCUUGUUAUGACUGUUGCCACAUUAUACGGACGAAAUACGUAUUCAGAUAUAAAAAUUAAAUUAUCUGACAAAGUUAUUCCUGGUCAUAAAUUUGUUUUGAAUGCACGUUCAGAAGAAUGGCGUGAAGAAGUCUUAAUUGAUCAAGAUGAAUUAGAUUGGAGUGAUUUAGAUGGCGAUGUUGGAUUUGCUCUUUUAAGAUGGAUAUAUACUGAUGUUGUUGAUUUACAACAUGAUACAUUAGCUCUCGGUUUGCUUCGAGCAGCACAUAAAUUUAAAUUACCAGGAUUGUUAGGUUUAUGCGAAAGAGCUUUAGUAGCUUCAGUGGGUGUCAGAUCAUGUGUACGUUUUUAUUGCGUAGCUGAAGAAGUAGGAGCUUCUAGUUUACUAGAAUAUUGCUCAGGUUUGAUAUCAACGCAAUGGGACGAUUUAACACCGCAAGAUUUUGAACAUAUGUCUGGAGCAUUAUUAUAUAAAAUGUUAAAAAGUAAAACUAAAUAUCCGUUGCACGAUGCUGUACGUCUUUUAAGAGAGGAUGUAGUCUUUUUAUGUUUAGUGGAUAAAGCAAGUUCGCUGAAUGAAGUCGUUAAUAGCAUAUCUCCUCAAGGUCAAUUGCCGCUUCAGUUAGCUUUGCUGCGAAAAAACGAAACAAUAGCGAAAAAUUUGGUCGAAAAUGGUUCAGCAAACAUCAAUGCUUACACUGCAGAAGGGAAUACACUUUUAAUUGAUGCCAUUAAAAGAGGUGACGGAUUUUCGGCAGAAUUUUUACUGGCUAGGAACUGUGACGUUAAUUUAACAUCAAAAACGACAUCCGAUACUGCUUUGCAUCUCGUAUCACAGUACUCAAUAGAUUCAACCGAUGCAGACACCUACAAAGACAUGCUUGAAGUUGGGAAAAAAUUGUUAGCAUUAAAAUGUGACGUGAAUUUGCAGAAUUCGAAAGGUCUAACGGCUCUUCAUGUGGCUAUAAUAUCUCAGCACAAGGAAAUGAUUAAAGCACUACUGAACUGUAAAGAAAUUGAUUUAAACAUUAGAACAGUUGAGGAAAAAUGUGCCUUGCAACUUAGUUUAACGCCCCCAUUCACCGAUGGUCCUCCUUAUGAGUUAGCGAAGCAAUUAUUAGAUUUGGGUGCCCGACCAAAUCAACUGCAAACGGAUUCUCGCGAUAGUUUAUUGCAAUUAUUAAUAACUCAAAAACUUGAAGACGCUGCUUUAUAUUUAGCUGAAUAUGCCAGUCUUAAUCAUGUAAAUGUGAAAGGAAUGACAGCGCUUCACAUGGCCUGUCAAAAAAAUUUACCAAAGUUAACAAAGAAGUUAUUAGAAAGUGGAGCAUCACCAAAUUUACAAUCUAGUGUAGCUGAUUUAAAAUCCCCCUUACAUUUUGCAGUUGAAUAUAAUUCCUUGGAAUCUAUUCAACAAUUUGCAGAAUUUAAGGAACUUGAGCAAAUGGAAAAUGAACAACCAGAUUUUAAUUGCAAAAAUGUAAAUGGAGAUUCGCCUCUCAGUUUAGCAUUGUCUUUAAAUAAUAACGAUUUAGUGCCAAUUUUAAUUAGAGGUGGCGCUGAUGUAAACGCUAGAAAUGGACAAGAUAUGACACUAUUGCAUCAAGCUAUUUUGAAUCAUGAUGCGAAAACUGCAAUAUUUCUGCUUGAUCAAGGUGCUGAUAUGAAUGAAUUAACUGGGGAACAGGAAUCUCCUUUACAAUUGGCUAUUCAUUGCCAUUUGCCUACUGUUGUUGAUGCGCUUUGUGGAAGAGGUGUUUCUUUGAGUGCCCCAGAUAACAAAGGUGACCCACCACUUUGGACGGCUUUGGACAAUGAUCUGUUUGAUAUUGCCUCAGUUUUAGUAAAACAUGGGGUUGAUACAGACUGCUGGGGCCCUGGUCCUGAAGACUGCCAACAAAACUUGUUGCAUAGAGCUAUUGAUGAGAACAAAGAAAAUGCUGCCGUAUUUUUGAUAAAGAGCGGUUGUGACUCAGAUUCGCCGCGACAGCCCGGUCCAAAUGGUGAAGGGGGAGACGAAAGUAGGGAUAAAGCAAGCCCGCUUCAUCUUUGCUGUCAGUGGGGAUUAACAAAAGUUUUACAAACACUAAUUGAUCACGGCGCAAACGUUAAUAGCAUUGAUGUAGAUAACAAAACACCUCUUCAUAUAGCAAUCGAAAAUCAACAUGCCGAAAUCAUUUCAAUUUUAUUGUGUCAUCCUGGAAUUGAUUUAAAAAUACGUGACAAAACAGGAAAUACGCCUUUUGCUAGUGCUUUGACAAUUCGAAAUCAUAAAGCAGCACAAAAUAUUUUGGAACGAUUACCAAAUGCUGCAGAGCAAAUGGAUCAACGCGGCAGGAAUUUCUUGCAUACGGCGAUUAUGAAAGAUGAUCUUGAAUCUGUAUUGUUCUUGUUAGCGAUACAAGUAGAUGUCAAUUCGAGAGUCCAUGAUGUUAACCAAACUCCUCCCCUUCAUUUGGCUGCAGCAUCAAAAAACGAAAUGAUUAUUAGAAACUUAAUUCUGGCUGGGGCUCGAAUUAAUGAACGUGACGCAACUCAAAAAACUGCUCUUCAUAUUGCAGCUGAGAGAGGUAAUUUAGCUGCAGUAUCAGCACUUAUACAAAAUGGAGCUGAUUUUGAUGCAAUGGAUGGAGACGGUAAUAAUGCGUUGCAUAUUGCAGUUCGAGAAGGUCAUUUAUCUGUCGUGCGAGAACUUCUGACAGAAUGUAGCAUAAAUGCCGAAGCAGUUAAUCUGAAAGGAAGGAAUCCGUUGCAUGAGCUAUGUCGUACUGGCAAAGAUAAUACGGCAGCAGCCAUAGCUGAACUUUUUAUUGAGUCAAUGCCUCAGUAUCCGAUAAACGCUACUGAUUUAGAUGCCAACACGCCAUUACUACUAGCUUUUAUGCGAGGUCAGGCACCUCUUUGUAAAGUUUUAGUAAAAAAUGGUGCUUGCUUAGGAGCUGAAAAUCGAGAUGGCGUGACAAUAUUUAAUUUCAAAUUAGCAACCAAUCAACUAUUGCAUAAAUUAUUAGAUCAAUUACCACAAGAAUCACCGUGGUCAGAAUCAGAAUUAUGCCAAGAAUGCGGAACAAAAUUCACUUUAACUAUGAGAAAACAUCAUUGUCGUCAUUGUGGUCGAAUUUUAUGUUCAAAAUGCUCGAACAACGAUGUACCAAUUAUCAAAUUUGGUAUAAAUAAACCCGUCCGAGUAUGUGCAGUAUGCUUUGGCGUACUUCAAGUUGGAAGCGGAUAAUUAUUUUUAAUAUUUACUAAGGAAUUUUACAAAUAAAUUUGAAAAAAUAUAUAAAUCGUAUAUAAAAAAGCUUGCAUUCCUUUCGAAAAACUCUUUUUAAUUACUUUAAAUUCGAAGUACAUAGUUACAUACAGGUAAUUUACACUUUUUUCAUUUUUUGCUCAAAAAUUUUCCAUAGCACCACCUUAAUAGACGAAAAUGUAAUGUAAUUAUUGCUUAACAACUAAGUAAAAGUAAAAACUAAAUAAUAUAUGCAAUAUAUUGAAUUUUAUAUAAAAUUAUUUACAUUAAAUGUAUACACGACACUCAUCAUUGUUAAAAAAAUUAUUAAUUCUAUAAUCAGUUAAAA